GUUUAUGAAAAUAAAAAUUAAUUAUCAAAGAGAAGUUAUUUCAAUGAAGAAUUAUUUUUCAUUUAAUUAAAUGCCAUUAUUCGCUUACCUCCAAAGUGGUUCUCUUGGUAGUGUGUGUGCAGCAUUCCACUGGAUCGAGUAACACUGCAUUCGCUGCGUGCGAUCCGAGCCGGCAUUCUAUGUUCAGCGCGGAUCAUCAAGCACACUUUCAUUUCAUCUGUCAAACGAGGAGGGUUGGAGAAGAUUUCACAUCCUCAUUUCAUCCUAGCAGCUCGUGGUUGCUAACGCGCCACAGUAUGACAGAACAGUGAGCCGAAAAAUAACGUUAUUGUGUUAAUUUGGUGAAGAUUUGCAGUGACUUUGUGUGUGUUUGGAAGUGUUUGUGGUGCGUUUAAGAUCCUGCAAAGCAUCCCACUACCAUACCAACGAAAGGGAUAGAAGCACGUGCUAGAGUGUCUUCGGUGGGCUGUUAUAGUCCGCGAUGACCACCCUCCUGCCGACGUCUCAACCUACCGGUGUUGAGGCGUACGAGGACAUGUUUAAGGAGAUCACCCGGAAGCUGUACGGGGACGAGUCGGCACACGGUCUCUACCCGUACAACACACAGGUGGCCCAGUUGGCACCGGGUGCUCCUACCAUCCCUUCCGAUGGUGGUGAGCGAUCCUUCACUACGCUCACACAGAUCGGCUACGAAACGACAAACGUCGGGUCAGCGAACCAGCCAUCGUCCUCUGCUGCGCAGCAACAGCAGCAGCAACAACAGCAAGAACACAUAACGACCGCAUUUGGACUGGCCGCAUUGAUGCAGAACGGAUUUCCACCUCCAAGUGCUAUCCUGAAUCCGGUCAACGUUCCAACCAACUCUAACAAAACGCCAACAAGUGAGUUCCUACUAGAUAUAUCCAUACCGUCGACAGAGGAUCGAUGGCAGUCCCAGCCGGCAGCUGAAGAGGCAUGGAACGGUGGUAAACAUUCAACUCCGUCUGGCACCUCAACUAGCUACGGUAAAUCAUAUAAGAAACCAAAAACCGAACCACAUGAUGCUACAUUACCCGCCGGGCUGAACAUACCAAGUACGGUCGAUCGGGCGAACAAGGGGAGCAGCUUAGGCACCGCUACAUCAUCUUCCGGUACAAACGUCUUCAAGCGAUACAGCUGCACUAGCUGUCCUUACAUGACCGACCGUCGGGAUCUCUUUACUCGUCACGAAAACAUCCACAAGGACGAGAAACCUUUCCAGUGCUACGCCUGUCUCAAGCCGUUCAAUCGCGCCGAUCAUGUGAAGAAACACUUUCUUCGAAUGCACCGUGAGCUGGAAUAUGAAAUAGCGAAAACCCGUCGUUAUCCUCCGGGUGGGUCACCAGGGUCGAAGAGCUCCUAUUAUAGUGGUAAUACACAAACAUCAAACCUUGGAUCGCCAUCAAGCAGUACGACGGUGGCUACGACACUUGCCCAAAUGCAGCUAAAUAUCCCGACCGGGAGCUUCAGCACUGCGCCAUCUCUAGUUGUAAAUUCUCAUACACUUGAUAUCGGCAGUAGUAGUACGAAUCAUAACGGAAGCCAUACCAACCAGUUGCUCCACAUUCAAAAUCAACAACAUCAUCAGCAGCAUCAACAGUCCCAUAAUAACCUGCAUUCAUCCCAAUCGGGUUCCGUGUCCAUCAAGCAAGAAAAGUGUUCCGGAUCCGGGUCUUCAGCGCCGGGUAGUCUCAACACGUCUAACAACUCAUUCGGUGCUCCUCCGGAUGAGAAACCCUCUGUUAAGAAAAUCAAAUGUGAGAGGAAGUUUGUCUGCACCUAUUGUCCUUGGGCUGGCGCCGAUAACUGGGGUCUAAAACGGCAUAUGAAUACUCAUAUAAAGCCUUUUCUUUGUUUGCUCUGCGACUACAAGGCCGCGCGUUCGGAGCGUUUGGUUACACACGUGCUGAAAGUGCACAACAAGAAAGCCUGCAGCAAAUGUAACUUCUUCGCCGAAGAUCAGGCACACCUGGACGCACAUCUGCAGAAAGUUCAUUCGCACGACAUGACGAAGGCUGGCAAGGGUGCCGGAUCCGCCAGUACGGGUGGCACUGGUAGUACUGGUAGCAGUGGUAGUGGUAGCAAUUGUGGUACAAGCUCUACACUGCAUCACUCAGCAGCAGCAGCAGCAACUAGUCUGGCAGGCGAUUCGAAUUGCAACGCCCUGCGAAAUUUGGGUAAUGCAUUUACGUCGAACAAUUUGCCCACCAACAUUCCGACCAGUGGGAAUGGCUUUGGUAACAGCACAUCGAAUGACCAGUACCAUUCCGCUGACAUCAAUCACCCGACCACCGGUAACGUGCUGGCAAACAGUAACGCUGCCAACCUGAUCGAAACGAUCAAUCAGCAUGUGUUGGCAACGGCCGGGCAGGUCGUGGGACAGAAUGGUGGGACCGCUUCACUUCAACAUCAACAGCAGCAUUGGAGCGCAACAAAGCCACAUCGAAAACGUGGCCCGGAACUACUUUAUAGCUACCUAGAGGCGGACGGAAGAGACUCCGGCGACUAUGCACGCCUUUUACACAUGCAAGCAGUCGGACGAAACAAAGCUUCAGUCACGCAGGAUUUUCGUAAUGCGGGAGGCGGAGACAAUGUCGGUGAUGCCGGCGACAGUAGCAAUGCAGAGACAACCCAUGCGCUCAGCAUGGCAGCAGCAAUCGAAACGCAGAUGAAAAUGGAAAACCACAACCCGGGAAACGGCGGCAGUGACCUAACGGGCAAUACCACCGUACCGGACAAUGUGAACCUUUCUUCACUCUUCAGCAGCGAGCAGCUGUCCUUUAUGCAGCUACUGGCCGCGGCUGCCGUGGCUCAUCAGCAACUGCAGCUGCACUCGAGCCAGAAGAAACAACAGGACCAGAAACCAUCCAAGGCAGCGGACCACCAUCCCGUCGGUGCAUCGAAUGGCAUCCGCUACGGUAGCACGAUGGAUUCGUCGCCUCCCGCUACAUCUACUUACCAACAACAACAAUCACGGACAGAAUAUCCCAGCACCAAUACCAGCGCCAAUGGCACGGCCAGUUCGAACAGUACAAACGGCACUAGCAAUGGUGUAAUCAUUCCUAUUGACCAGAAUUACCAACAGUCGCAGCCACUAGCCCUCGAUAUGGGCAGCUUCAAGAAACGACGAGCGAAUGCGUCAUCCAGCGAUAAGGAAAACCACGUCCACCGAAAACGGCACGAUGGAUCAAGUAAUGGAACCACCGUUCUGCCAAAGCAGUGCAUCGGCAUAAUGGCGGGUUCCUAUACGAACGGUGGAAGUGUAAUUAGUGGUGAUGGAACCAUUGACAAACACAUUUCCCAAAACGCUGGCAGCAAGGUUGGCCAGCAUCAGAAUCCUCAUCACCAUAACAAUAACAAUAACAACACUAGGAAUAAGAAUAUAAACGAUAUUUUUGAUAAAGUGUACAAAAAGCCGCAUAAUUCAUUUCACACGUAUAAGCAUCAAAGCAUUCAUCAGUACCAGCAAAGUGGUCUGGAGCCAUCGCCGCAGACUCAUUCUCUGACCACCAUCCUUCGAACUGCUCCGCCAUCUGCGGUGGAAGAAGAGAACCAACGGAAAACAUCUCCCCACCAAGAUGGUCAAGAUCAAGCGGAGCAGUUUUCCCUCGUAGAAUUCCUCAAAAACCACACCGAAGUGUCGAUCAGUACGGUGGCGGUUAAGAAUGUUGCAGGGUCAGUCAAGAAGGAGCCUAUUGAUUCAGACGCAAGUCAGGAGCAAGUGAUUGAAACCGAUUCCGUAUUGGAUAACUGCAUGCAAAAGCAAGAGUACGACAGGAACCCUCGUAAACGAUAUCAUCCACGUCGCAUCCAGGAAAAUGAAGUGUUGACAUCACCCUCCGAUGACUCGGAGCUGAUAGGAGCUAAUGAAGCUCACUGCCGUACCAAAACUUCCCUAAUCUUACACAAGCUCUGGCGUCAUCAUGGAUCGACGAUGCCCCAAAUGCAGUGUUGUGAGUGUAGCGCAUCCUUCAGAAAACGCUACAAGCUGAUACUUCACCAGAAGCUUACAAAGCACACCGGGAUAAAAAUUAAGAAACAUUCAAAAAAUGUAGCUCUAGCAGACUUGAUAAAUGGCUCUCUAUCCACAAAUGGAGCAACAAAGGGUUUGAAUGCGGAUGGACAUAGCAAGCGAAUGCAUCGAAAGCGAAAAUCAUGCUUGCUUUACUGUGAAUCAUAAAAAACAGAAACCGGUCACCCGGGAUCGUUCUUGAAUAUAUGUAUGUACUCAUAUAUGUACAAAUUACGGUUCGCCAAACUUUAAGUUUAGAACGGUCGCCAUUUUCUUUCCGCCACGCUGUAAUUUUGCCAUACUUAUUGUACAAAGCUAUCUACAAGGAUAACGAUGAGGUAGCCUUUUUGUGAGAACGGAAAAAUUAUGCUCCCACGUUCGAAAGAUAUUUUGAUGAGAUUACUAGGAACUCUUUUGGAUUGUUACAUGGGUUAUGAAUACUGAACUAAAGAGAUUAUGCAAUUCACGCAUUAUUGGUGUUAAUUUACACGCAGGAAAAGAAGAUGUAAAUCGCCGCGAUACCAAAUCGUUUGUAAAAUCAAUGAUCUAGGGCUAGGAAGGACUAAGAAUGUUCUUCGUAUUUGUUUCCGCUCUUACAAGCGAGAUGUAUUCGUUUCCUUCAGUUUUAUUCGCUUUACUUUAAUGUUCAUACCUUUCGCUUUGAAACAAAGAUUGCAGGGAAUUUUAUCACUUAAGGUUUCGUAUCCUUUGUUACUCUAAGAAGCGAAUGUAGCUGCCCAGCUCAUAGCUCAAAAAUCAAACAACACUUUACACAUUACUUUGCCCAUUUUUAUCCCAUUCGGUACAUUUAUCCAAAUUGUGAAAUUGUGUUAUGUUGUUUGUUGAAGCUACUUUACAGGACGGAUCUUAAGAUACACAAAAAUCUUCAGAACGCUGAACGAAAGAGCCAACCUUAAUCGUCCUUUACAUGCAUUCUUCUCCGGUAAUGAUAACGCAAGUGUAUGUAUAAAAGUCUGAAAUAAAAAAAAUCAAAUCUGAUAAAAAGUAAAAAUGGUCUCUACAUGUUUUUUUUUUGUUUGCGUUGAAAGUAACCAACACAACACGCUGCUUUAUGUUGUUGCA